AAGCAAACCGACUCGCUUGGCUUCAGAAUAAAAGUAGCCGCGCAACAACUCGUAAAUUUUGAAAACGCUUCCAAGACCUGAGAUUCAUCGUCUUUUAACGAUCUCGGCUUUCCGUUUCUCUUCCUGCCCCCCCUUUUUUUCUCUUCCAGAACCCAUCUCUCCCAUGCUCUCUAACGGUUUUUUAGAUGGAGAAAGAAGUAAAAUCUUCUUCCAAGACGUGUCUAAAUUCCAUCAAAGGUGGAGCCUCAGCAUUGGGACAGUCCAAGAGAACUGGGAAGUUUAAAAGAAGUAAAGUAGCUUCUGUUUUCCACCUAAAUGUGGAGAAUGCCUCUAAUUGGUUACAGAGAAAUCAAUCGAGGAGUACUGCAGCUGCUAAUGACUCAGAAGAUCUUAGUGACAUCGAUGAUGCUGAGAUUGCUGGAUACCUUCUUCACAAUGAGAAAGAGAUGGAAUUCAAAAGAACCCUUUGGGAAAUGAUGAACAAGAAAUAUUUGAAGGGGAAACAACUGAAAGGAGCUAGAAAGGUAAAGAAAAGAACACCUUCUAAGAAAGCCAUUAAAAUUGCUGGCCAGACAGAGAAUAAGACGAGAUCGAGUUCGAAAAUCAACUAUGAUGUCUUGAAGAAGCUAUUGGAUGAUGAGCCUGAGGAGGUUCCUGGAAAGGUAGAAGACAGCAAAGACUCUAAUGCCAAUUAUGCUGACUCACAGCAGGUGGACGAGAACUCCAUCCCUGAAGGACACAGUUCUGGUGCUAGUGAAGAAAAUGACGAGCACGAACAUGAUUAUGGAGAGACUGAUGCCGGCAACAAUGACUACUACAAUGAUAUGUAUUUUGAAAAUGAAGAGGAUGAUUAUCACUACGCUGAGGAUUAUGACUGAGGCAUGCUAACACAUAAUUUUUUUUUGUUGAUUGUAAGAUUUCGACACAUUCAUUCAUUUAUGGUCAAUAUUCACUGGCUACCAUUAGUCCUUUUGAUUUC